AACUAUAUAAACCCUCCACCCCGAAAAUAUCGUAUCAAUCUCAGGAACUCCACUCUCACACCUCUCUAUCUCUCUCUGUCUCUCAGAUUUUUUUUUUUUUUUGCUUUUCUGUUCUUGAAAUGAAUUGCCUUCAUUAUCUCCCAAGAUCCUCUGCCUUGCCAUUUCAAGGAUUCAAAUGUCACCAUCAGAGAAAGCUUUCUUCUUCGUCUUCAUGUUCAUUAUCUUUUAAUUUAAUGCGUUGUACUGAUCUCCAUCGAACUAUGACUGUAAAGGCAAUUUCUGGUUCUGCUUCGAGUGCUGAGACAAGUGGUGCAGAUGUGAAAGAAGAGGAAGAAAAAUCUGAAAUCUACAGUCAUAACAUGACAGAAGCUAUGGGUGCUGUUUUGACCUAUAGGCAUGAAUUAGGAAUGAACUACAACUUCAUUCUUCCAGAUUUGAUUGUAGGAUCAUGCCUACAGACUCCUGAAGAUGUUGACAAGCUUCGAAGAAUAGGAGUGAAAACCAUAUUUUGCUUGCAACAAGAUCCUGACUUGGAAUAUUUUGGGGUAGAUAUCACUGCCAUUCGAGAGUAUGCCAAGAAAUGUGGCGACAUUCAACAUUUGCGUGCAGAGAUACGGGACUUUGAUGCAUUUGAUUUGCGGAUACGGCUUCCAGCAGUGGUUAGUAAAUUAUACAGGGCCAUAAACCAAAAUGGAGGCGUGACAUAUAUACAUUGCACUGCUGGACUAGGAAGAGCUCCUGGUGUUGCGAUGGCAUAUAUGUUCUGGGUUCAAGGUUACAAACUUAGUGAUGCUCAUGAUUUGCUUCUGAGCAAGCGCUCAUGCUUCCCUAAGCUCGAUGCUAUAAAAAGUGCAACUGCUGAUAUUCUUACAGGUCUCAGGGGGAGGCUUGUUACUCUCACAUGGAAAGAUAGUAAAUGCACCACAGUAGAAAUUUCUGGACUUGAUAUUGGAUGGGGCCAGAGAAUACCUUUAAAACUUGAUGAGGAAAGAGCCUCAUGGAUUCUCAAGAGGGAAUUAUUGGAAGGAUGCUAUGAGUACAAGUACAUUAUCGAUGGUGAAUGGACAUAUAAUAAACAUGAGCCUGUUACCUCUCCUAACAAAGAUGGACAUGUCAACAAUUAUGUUCAGGUUCUGAAUGAUGACACCAACAGUAUUAGUGCAGCCAUUCGUAAGAGAUUGACUGGCCAUGACCCAGACUUAAUGAGGGAUGAACGGUUAAAAAUACGACAGUUUCUUGAAAAUUGUCCCAAAGAUGAGGAGUAAACUGUAUUAAUGAAAAGAAAGGUACACAAUUCUGCAUGUAAAGAUGUAAUAAAAUGUUUGAAUCAUCAGUAAGCACAUGUAUUAUUUAUCAUGUAAGUUACUGUUAAUGAUAAUAAUUAUCAAUAAAGCGGUUAUGGGUAGACUCUUUUUCCUA